GCGGACCUUUUUCACAUCAACAACCGAACCCUUCUGAGUGACGACGACGCGGCCGCGCCCCACCAGGUCGCGCACCGCGGCGUGCGAGGCCGGCAUCCACGACCGCCAAUCACACGCCGCAGUAGCAAGCCGCCGCGGCGCCUCCGACGGUCAGCACGUCUUGCCCGCGCCGCGCGCCGCGAGGAUCCGGAGCGUCUCCGUCGCGAGCUCGGUCUGAGUCGGCGCCUGGCGGGAGCGCUUCGCCGGCGGCGCCGCCUUGUCGUCAGCGCGCGAACGCUUGCCCGGCGCGGGCAGUUCGCGAAGCACACAAUCGGCCGAGACCCGGCCGUCCGCGUCGAAGACGACUCCUUCGGAUUCCAACAGCGCCCGCUUCCGCCGCACCGCAGGAGCGGCCGCGCCCCACUCGCCGCUGAAGCCGCCGAGGCGCCGGUCCGACGCGAUCACUCGCUGUCAGGGCACUCUCGUCUCGGCGGGACAGUUCUUGCGCAUCACAGCGCCGACGGACCGCGCACAGCCGCCCGCUACUGCAGCCACGGCUCCAUACGUCGUCACCUUGCCCGCGGGCACGGCGCGCACGACAGCGUGCACCUUGGACUCGAAGGCUGUCGGCAUCCUCUCACGUUGCUACGCGUCGACGACGCAAAUGCGUCGCGGCUUUGA